UUCACUGUAUCAACAAUCCUGCCCUCUUUCUUGUACCUGGGCCCGGAAAUCACUAGUGAAGCAGAAGUGCAGAAGUUACUCGACUUGGGAGUCAAGAGAAUCCUCAACGUGGCCGUAGAAUGCGACGAGGGCGAACGGCUGGAGCUACAAAAUCGCUUCGAAAAGUACGUACGCUUGCCCUUGCGGGAUUGCGUGGAGGAGAGUGGGAUUCGCAAGGGCGUCAUGGAUGCAUGCCAAUUCUUGGACGACGCUCGACUACAUUCUUCCCCAACCUAUGUUCACUGCAAAGCUGGCAAAUCGCGCUCCGUCACCGUAGUGCUAGGAUACCUUAUCCACGCCAAUGCGUGGACUCUGAAGACAUCCUACGCCUAUGUCGCUGAACGUCGUAAAGGCAUAUCUCCCAACAUCGGCUUCGUUGCAGAAUUGAUGCAAUUCGAGGAAGGGGAGCUCGGUCUGAAGGCCUCGAGCGGUAUCGCUACCGAUUCGAACGAUGACAAGGGCGCCAACGAGUCUGAAAGGGACAAUUCCCAGUCGAGGAGGAACAAGUACGGCCGGGAAAGUCUACCGCCAACAUGGGGUCCCGCGACGGAUGGCAACUUUGUAACGAGUCCCGUGAAUGGCUCGGAAGAGCCUGUCGACGAUGACAGCGUGGCAACACCAAGGCAGACCGCUACAAACAAAGCACCCGUCAACACUUAUACCCUUCAGCCCAUGAGACGAGUCUCCAAAGCUGGUCUUGAAGGCUUGUCUUUCUUCAGUUCAUCACAAUUGAGUCCCACUCACGUCAAACAACGAGAAGCCGUCACCCCGAGCGAAACGCCAGGUCGCGAAGGAUGGCUGUGA